AGCAGUCAAUUAAGAAUGUUCGCGUCAGACAACCUCAAUGACUAGUACGGCAAGACAACAAUAUGGCGCCCGCCAACUCAGGAAAGGUUUUGGGGCUGCUGUUUGUCUUUAUAACGGUGGUUAAUUCCGCGACCAUUAUGGAAAUGAUCUGGAGUAUAAGCCAGUGCCAAGUCAGGAACACGGCCAGAAAGUGCUAUGCUACCGCAUGUCCGGCAGGUUGGGAAAAAGAUCCUCCCUUCAGCAACAACCUCCUCUGUUAUUCUGGCGUCUGUUGUAUACAGACAGAUGUAAACGAAUGUCUUACUAACAACGGUGGAUGCGACAGCAACGCUGCGUGCGCCAACACUAUUGGUUCCUUCACCUGCACCUGCAACAGCGGCUACACCGGCAACGGAUUCAGCUGCACAGAUAUAAACGAAUGUAGCACCAACAACGGUGGCUGCGAUAGCAACGCUGUGUGCGCCAACAGUAUUGGUUCCUUCUCCUGCACCUGCAACAACGGCUACAGCGGCAAUGGAUUCAGCUGCACAGAUGUAAACGAAUGUCUUACCAACAACGGUGGCUGCGACAGCAACGCUGCGUGCGCCAACACUAUUGGUUCCUUCACCUGCACCUGCAACAGCGGCUACACCGGCAACGGAUUCAGCUGCACAGAUAUCAACGAGUGUACUUCUGGAAGUAACAACUGUGGCACAGCUGCAAUAUGUACCAACUCAAUUGGAACCUUUUCCUGCGCAUGUCCGAGCGGGUACACCGGCACACCAACCAUAGCUUGCACUGAUAUCAACGAAUGUAUGUCAAGCAACAACUGUCAAGCAAAUUCUGUGUGUGAGAAUUCGGUUGGUAGCUACGCUUGCAACUGCUUGCCUGGGUACACCGGAGAUGGUUUGGUUGCAUGUACAGAUGUAAACGAAUGUCUUACCAACAACGGUGGCUGCGACAGCAACGCUGCGUGCGCCAACAGUAUUGGCUCCUUCACCUGCACCUGCAACAGUGGCUACACCGGCUCAGGCACCUUCUGCAUAAAUAUCAACGAGUGUUUGACAGGCAACAACAACUGUGUUGCCCCUACAGUCUGCAUUGACACACCGGGUUCAUUCACCUGUGGGUGCCCCGCGGGAUACACCGGAGAUCCGGCCGUCAGCUGCAUAGAUGUAAACGAAUGUCUUACCAACAACGGUGGCUGCGACAGCAACGCUGCGUGCGCCAACAAUGUUGGUUCCUUCACCUGCACCUGCAACAGUGGCUACACCGGCGAUGGAUUCAACUGCUUCAAUGUUAACGAAUGUCUCAACGGAGCCACAUGCGGAGCUAAUGCUGUCUGCAUUGAUACAUUUGGCUCCUAUACCUGUCCCUGUAAUACUGGUUACAGCGGAGAUGGUAGAGUUGGAUGUAUAGAUGUAAACGAAUGUAAUACCAACAACGGCGGCUGUGACAGCAAUGCUCAGUGCAGCAACACCAUUGGAUCCUUCUCUUGUGGCUGUUUACCUGGCUUCACUGGGAAUGGACUUACCUGCAACAAUAUCAACGAAUGUACUGCAUCCAACCUCAACAACUGCCACCCUCAAGCCGCUUGCACUGAUUCCAUUGGAUCGUUCACCUGUGCCUGCAAUUCUGGUUACACUGGGGAUGGCUUCACCUGUACAGAUGUCAACGAGUGUAACACUAAUGGAAUAUGCAACUUACAAGCUACCUGUGCCAACGUACCAGGAUCCUACACAUGCACAUGCAAUACCGGCUAUACCGGGAACGGAGUCACCUGCAACAACAUUAAUGAGUGUUUGACCGCUGGUAGCUUUACGUGCGGGACUAACGCGGACUGUCUGGAUACGGAAGGAUCUUACACCUGUGUUUGCAAAACAGGUUUCACGGGCGAUCCGAAAACAGAGUGUAUAGCUGUAAUUAACCACCCCGACUGCGGCACUGUACCAACACCAGAAAUAAGAAUUGCGUUCGGUGAAAAUGAACAGAAGUGUAUCAGCCCCUGGCAGGUAUCCUUCAGAAGGUUUUCCAACACAGGAAUUCUGAACCAAGUACCAUCUUUGGCCAACUCAGCGCAUCAAGCCGGCGGAGUUCUCAUUCAGAGCAAGUGGGUCCUAACCACAGCUUUUGCUCUGAUAAGAGCCGGUAGACAAUCAGCUGCGGAUCCCUUUUACACAAACACCCUGUUUGCCUCCAUCGGAGAUCACAACAUCGACGAUAACAAUGGAGAUGAACAGUUCAUCCGAAUUAAGAAUGUUACAUUCCAUCCACUGAGCCGCUUCCAGAUCUCUACCGACUUUUUCUCCUUGAUCCUAACUGGUGUUAUUUCCCCUGUACAAGUCUCGCUUCCUUACCAGGAAUAUUCUUUCGCUCUGGUUGAGCUUGAGAGGGAUGUGACACUGACAGACUGCGCCCGUCCUGCAUGCAUCCCGACUGUCCAGGACUUCCCCCAGACGUGCGGGUCACCAAUCUGCAAGAUAACUGGAUGGGGUACCAAUCAGGACGAAAACCUGCUGGGCGUUCUCCAGAAGGCUGAGGUCCAGGUGUUUGAUUUCAACGCAUGUGAAGCCCUCAGUUAUUAUCGCAACAACCAAGUACAAACUGUUCAACCUCUGACGACCAAGUGUGCCGUCAACAGUACUGGAGCCACGCCGUGCUCAGGUGAUUUCGGUGGCACGGUGAUAUGCCGAGACGCUGCCAGUGGCAAGUACGUUGCGGACGGUUUAUCUCUCAUGGAACAGGUCACCUGUAACAGUAACCCCACAAGUUCACAGUUUAACAUUGGUGAUAUCAGACAAGCGGUCGACUGGAUUGAACAGGUCAUCAGAGCGAAUCCUUGAAGAUAAGGACGUCAAAAUGAACACCGUCUAUUGGACAUGAUUAAUAUUGUUAUUGCAUCAUAAUUGGCAUUUGCAGAUGUGUAUUGUAUUUAAGGUUAUAUAAAAUAUUGGCACAAAA